UUUUAGGUGAAUAGAGCCUUGUGAUGAGCGUCAUAUGUGACGCUUAUUACCUGUUGAACAUUUUGCUUCAUUACUCAUUUGUCUUUAUUCUGACCAAGAGGAAACAUAACAGCCAGAGCGAAUAAAGAGACGAAUCAUCAGCAUUCGGCGCUUUUUUCUUUCUAUGCAUUUAUAUAUAUUUUUUUAAUAUGCUAGUGUGAAUGUGUGUUUUGGUGUAAAUUCAACGGGACGCCACCAUGGGAAACUUAACGUUCAUACAUAAACUGUGUAUUUCUGCUUGUUGGGGCCUUCUGCUGAUGUACUCGGCUGCAGAGAGGCAGUACUUCAUUAGCCCGCACAAUGCCAGCUGGGCUGACGCCAGGAACCACUGCCAGGUCUGCUUUAAAGAGAUGGUGACUCUCACGCCACAAAACAUCCACGUCAUCGCCAAAAUAAUAAACUCCACCCACUGGAUUGGCCUCCGCAAGUACAUAAACUACAAUGACACCUACAACGAAACCGAUGACUACGACUACGACUCGGACUACGACUACUACAACUCCACCAACACCUCGUCUAAAAGCUUCGGGACGCCCUGGACACUGUGGGCCAAUGGGGACCCACUCAUCUUCCAGAACUGGUACCCCGGCUUCCCAUUGUUUAAAUCCCCGUUGCCAAAAAUAGACUGCUGCAGCUGCUCCUGCACCUGCCCGGCACCCCCCAGGUCGACGACCCUCUCGCCCACCACCAGUAUGACGAGUCCGUCGCCUACCGGGUCGACAACGGGCUUCCCAACAGGUUCCGUUGUCGCCGAAUACUCCAGCAGAGACUCAACAAACAUCACAGUGACCGAGAGCUACGACAACACGACCGACUCUACCAGUUUAUAUGACGUUGAAACCGAUAUGGACAUGUUGACGAACGCCACAGAAUGGCUGAACACCACCACAUGGCUGAAUGCCACAGAAGGGGCCAACAUAACACGAAGAGCCAACAUCACCCAGCCGUGGGAAUCCACCACAGCUCCCGCACGUCACACCACAGAUUCACCGUGGACGACCACAACGCAGCUGCCGAUAGUUUCAACAUGCGAACGAUCGCCCAUGCUGCCUCCCAUCAUACCAGAGAAUAAUAAAAACUACAUCGAGAACUCGUGUGUGGUCAUACUGGCCUUUGGGCCUUGGGUUGAGAGAGAGUGCUCUGAAGAGCUGCCUUUCAUCUGCUAUGAAGACCGCUUCAUGGGGGCCAUCAACGUCUCCAACAUCACAUCCUCGUCUGCAGCUCUGCAGUGGGAUCAGGGGCCCGGUGACAUCAGCCACUAUCGCUUCGAGGCGUUUUCCCGUGAAGGUUCUUGGAACGUCACCAAAAACAUGCAUAAUUUGAGCUACACACUCGACAACCUCAUUCCAGGAACCGGCUACGUUAUCACAGUAUUUGCAGUGAAGUGUGAAAGGGACCUCAAUCCACUCAAUGGCUCCUUCUACACCAUACCUGGAGAGGUCCAAAACCUCAAUGUGACCAGAUUUACAGAAAACACUAUCAGUAUGAACUGGACGAAACCCAACGGGAACUAUGGCUUCUUCGAAGUCAUCGCCUUUUCAGCUUUGGGAACUAAAGACAAAAUCAAGACUGUUACGGCAGAACACAUGGAUUUUGAUAACCUGACACAGGGAAACGAGUACACUUUCGUUUUCCGCACAGGAGUCGACGACAGGUCCAUGUGGAGUAAGAACAUCAGCAUCUCAAAUUGCACCCGGCCCGGCAAAGUGUCCAACCUGACAACUGGGAAUAUCAGUGAUACGUACUUAGAACUCCAGUGGAAUCCGCCAGAGGGAAAUUACAUAGGCUUUAAAGUGUUGGCCAAUGAUACACACGGGGAGCUGAAUGUUAUUGUGGAAAACCAAACAGGUCUUUUGGCCAAACCAUAUAAAGUGAAAGUGUCCGGCCUCCAAAACGGCACUAAGCUUGACUUUCGUGUGAACGUCUUGGGCGUUUGUGGCCUGGAGGGACAAAUUGAAAACACCACUACAUACACCGCUCCAGGACCGAUCUCAAAUUUAAAGUUGACAGCAGAACACAACAACAUUGAUGCUAGCUGGGACUUUACUCCAAAUCCUGGAAGUAAUGUAACCUUUACAGCCAAGCUUUGCUUGGAUGGCAAAGAAGUAGAUAAAUCAGUAAACAUAUUGAAUAAAAAUGUGAAAUUUGAUGGCCUGAAAACUGCCACCCAGUACGAAGUGAAGGUCUACACAGUUCUUAAUAAUCAGGAAAGCCCAGAAACGCAUAGCUUCAUUUUCACCCUCCCGUCGCCUCCCACUGGAGCCAAAGUACGCAACAAGACAACAAAUUCCCUCACCUUUGAGUGGAUUCCCCCAGAAAACUCAUCAGCAAAGAAAUACAUCUGCACCCUAAACUCUACAUUCUGGUCCUUCUUCGACUCUCGAGUUGAAAACACCACCAUGUGCACUUUCACUGGCUUGCAGUCAGGAAGCACAUACGACUUUAAUGUGUACACUCUGAGCGAUAAUAAGACGAGUAAUCCUGCAAGCUGCAAUGGGACAACAGUUAAAGAUCCAGUGGAAAUCAGUCUGUCAAUGCUCUGCAGUUCAGAAGUGUCUCUGUACUGUGAGAAAGACGAAACGAAGAAGAUUGUAUUUGAGGAGCUACAAAACCAUUUCAAGGAAAUCCUGGGGGACUAUGUUUAUCAUGAAGUCGAGACCACUUCUCCAUAAACUAAGGUGUAAAAAUGUUUUAUUUUUGAGACACUAUUUGAUAUAUAGUUACGGCAAGAGAGCAUUUAAACAAGUGUUGUAACAUUUUGAGGCAUUAGAAAAAAAUAUCUGGUUCACUUGCCAACUUUUAAAAUACCAACUCGGAAAACUUUACACUUUAUCACUAUUAUAUAAAGUAAGACCCUGUUACUCUUUCACAGUUUCUAUUGCUGUAACAGCAGAUGAGGCAUUCGGGUCCACGUUGAGAGAAAGCUGACUAUGAAACACCAAACUCUUUAUUGCUACCUGUCAAUUUAGGGAAGGGUUUUAGAGCUUUUUACAGGACGUUUCCCUACCAAACAUCAGUUUAUUUAUCUAAUACCAGUUCACAACAAAUUUAAUCUUAUGGCACCUUACAAGACAAAAGGACCAAAUUCCUGUUCAUGAUAAAUGGUUUUCCUGGAAUGGUAAAGCAUUUCUCCACUGUACAGCAUGUACACUAGCUUGACUGACAGCGCUAAGCCGCUCCUCCUCACUCUGAUUGGUUGCUGAAGUUCCGGUAAAGCUAUCAGCUGAAAAUCUGGUGGAUUUCAGAUCAAGUUUUUGGUGCAUCUUCAAAAACCAGGAACAAUUUGGGUUUGGGAUUUUUCAGACUAUUUCCACUUUGUUGGAUGAAUAUUGCGUAAAAAAAUUAUAGAUAUUGUUGUCUCAGUUCAUUAAUUGUUUUUAAAACAAGAUACUCAAAAACUCAAACUUUGUUGUGAAAUAUAAAAUUCCAAAAUCACACUUUUAUCUUAAGAUUAACUAAUAAAUACUUCUUUGAGUCACAAUUUAACGUCAUUACAGCUGUUCAUUUUUAUACAUAUCCACCAGAGGGCGCUAUUUAAUAUUCAAUUUAAAAGAGUUACAAUAUUGUAGGCUUAAGUGGGUUAAAUAGGUUUAAAUAGAUAGAUUUAUUUUAAAAACAGACCCAUAAUACACAUGUGAUUCUUCUUCAGAGCUUUUGUGGGUCUGAGAACUUUAUUUUGACGAUGCAGAAAAUUAAUAUUACUGUCUGCCAAUGACCCAUAUCCAGGCCUGAUAAAUAUGUUUCAAUUACUCUUAUUAAAUAUUUUAAAAAAAUUGUUCUAAAAUAUUUUAAACAUUACUUGAAAUGUGAAAUUAGUUUUACAAUUUCAAUAAAGGACAUUGGACUUGCCUUUAAAAUAGUUAAGAUGACAAAAAAUGCGAUAAGAUAUUUUAUUUAAAUGCCUACGGCUGAAAUGACGGAUCAAUAUGUAUUCGUACAAUUUAAAAAGAAAUAACUAUUACAAAUAUCUGAACGGGCGUGAGAUGCGUUAUCUUCAGCUCUUAGUACUAAUAAACAGAAAUUGUGCUAUGUUAUCUUUCUUUAUAUUUUAAUAUUUUUACCUGACUCAAAUGCUGGUACACAAUCUCUCCACAUUCUUAUUUUUCCCCACAAAAUAUUUAUUUGUAUCCAGUCACAAGCCUGUUAAUGUCGUUAUAGACAGAAUUAAAUUCUGACUUUAGCUGUCAAUGUGACGUAAAACAGUUAACGUGCACAACUCUCUGCAUUUAUCUUAGUAAACCAUAAGUAAUGAUGCUUGUUUUUAGGCCUGUUUUCUGCUCAACUUAAGAUGUGACAUUAACAUUUGAACCGAGGAAAGAAUGGUUGAGAUUUGAAAGGACAAAUGCUGCUUUGCUGACUUCGCUACAGUUAUGCUGUAAAAAAAAAAAAAAAGAGUAUAUUUAUAUGGAAAUGCAAAGUGAUACUACUGUUUGCUGCUUUUGUUGUCCUGAAUCUGACCAGUUUGACAUUACUGUUGUGAUAAUCCAUUAAAUUUGUUUUUUGCUGAUUAAUCUGAGUAUGUUGGAUUUGUGUCUUCCCUUAAACCCGUUCGCUCUCUUUUGCUGUAAAACCAGAGUAAGUUUAGUUUGGACUGACACUGAAUGUUGCUCCAGCUGGUUGGCAGAACCAGUCAGAACCUGCUGCUCCUGCUUGAGCCUCUAGGGGGCGUCUGUUCUUCCUCUGCUCUCCUGUAAAUCCAGCUCUGCUUUGAUUUGUUAAACCGUCUCGUUUUUCUUACUUCUAGUGCGCUCUGUGAAUUUAUUCUGCGAAACCCUGUGGACUGUAUGGCAGAUCUUACUGGGAAAAAUAAAAGCUGCAUCAUUUUCACUUU